UUUUUAAUUCUUAAAACAAAUCGAUUUUAUUUUAUUUUUAUUCUUUAAUUAGGAUACAAAUUAUUUUGUUUAUUAGAAUUGAAUUUGAUGGAUAAUAAGAUCAAAGUGGAAGAAGAUGUUGAUAAACCAGAUUGGAGAUUAACGUUUUCGAGUGAAUCUAGACAAAAAAUUGUUGCAAAGGUAGAGGCAUCUUUAUGGAAGUGUAUUUCCAAUCCAUCUCCGGAUAAAUUUCAAGAGAUCAAGGAUGCCGCUGCAAAAUUUGAGGACAAGAUGUUCAGUAUUGCAACCAGCACGGAAGAUUAUGUCCGUAGAAUAACGACAAAGAUGCUCAAAGUGAACAAGACCACCCCGACUGGAGAAGCUAGUUCUUUACCAUCAAACUCAUCUUGCAGUAGCCAAAUUACUGAUUCGGCUUCUCACAGCGUGCAAUCUCAAGUAAGAAACCAGUCAAAGUCGUCACCAGUUCCCAUGGCUAAUCAAUCUCAACCCACACAACAGAGGCUGUUAUUAAAUAAUAUGGAAAAUUCCAUGUCUUCUCCAGGAAUCCAGAAUUCUGGGAAUUUGGUGUCUCUUCCUUUAGGAACAUGUCUAACUGAUAACCCAGUGGCUAAUAGUCUAGGGCAAAGCUGUGAGAUGCAGAUCACUCCAGGAAUGUCACAAACACAAAAUACAUUUUCAAGUUCACAGAGACGGGUUCAUGAAAGGCAACAUUUGCAACAGGUUGUUGCCCAACAGCAUCUGCAGUCCCAAAAUCAAAAUCACUUUGUACUUCAGCAGCAGUUUCAACAUCCGGGUAUGAUGAAACAUAGAGGAAAUAUUCAAACUCAUUCAAUGCACCCACACGAUCCACAACAGCAGCAGCAUAAUCUAAUGCAGCCAAUUCAGACGUCAUCAAGUCAACAGCAAACACAAUCUCCAAUGGUACAAUCGGCUACACAAACUGGGGUCGUACAAAACCAACAAUCUUCUGCUCUUCAGCAACAUUCACAGUCAGUUCAAUGGCAACAGCAAUCACAACGUUCUUUACACGAACAACAAGCUUCAAUGGCUCAACCAAUCAUGGUCUCAUCUCAGCAGAAACAACAGCUAAUUGGGAAACAAACUGAUGAAAGGAACUUUCAACAUAAUCAGCCUUUUGGGCAGCCAAACAGUAUAAUGGAACUGCAGAAACAACAACGACAGAAGUGGCUUGGACAGCAAACUAAUUCUUCAAGUAUGCAACAUCAACAGCAGGUAAUGUCUCAGCAAAACGACAUCUCAAGGUUUCAUCAGCAGACGUUGGGGCUGCAGGGAAAUGUAUCUGGACUAAAGCAGCAGCAGCAAUUUGGAAACCAAUCCGGUGUCUCAAAUAUGCAGACCCAUCAGCAGUCGAUGCACAGCUUGCAUCAGGCUAAAUCUGCAACACAUCAGCAAUCACAACAAACAUCUUCGAUGUUGUUAUCGUCGCCAGGGAAGCAAGCACAAUCUUCGAGACAGCAACUAAUGGUUCAGAGUCAACAACAAAAACAAAUGCAACAACAACUGGCAUUGGAAAACAAGUCAAACUCAUUUCAAAGAGGAGCGCUUCAACAUCAGAAUUCUACUGAAUGGCAAAGGCAAUUACUUCAAUUACAACAAGGUCGUCCUGAGCCCUCAUCAACAUCAACAGAUACAAUGGGUUUAAGAGGAUAUUCAAGCGUCAGUGGUGAUGUGCAAGAUGAAGUCCUUAACAAGGUUAAAUUCAUGAUGGAAACAUACCUUCCUCAGUUGAAUGAAAUAAUUCACCGGAUCAAUAUUAAACUUCAGCAGGCGAAGCCUGAAGAGAUUGAUAUUCUCAAAAGGUACAAAGAGUAUGGGGAGAAAUGUCAACAUUUCUUGCGGAUGCCACUAGUUGGUUCUCGUCAAUUGUCUCUGGAAAAGCUGAUUCCUUACGAGAAACAGAUUCUUACUUUUAUCAGUAUGCCAAACAUUAGAAAAGUUCUUCAAUUACCCGGUCAACAGUUGUCGCAAUCACAAAUGACUCAAUUGAAGCAUCAACACAACAACCAAAUGAUCAACAAAUCACAGAUGCAACCAAGAACCUUGAGAAAUCCACAGGCAGCAACAAUGCAUCAAAAUGCUGUGGCAACCAUGCACCAGCAUGGCUCAAUGUCUUUGUCAAACCAAGUGGGAAUUUCAUCAAAUCAUCCUUCAAACAUGAUAAAUUCACUUCAGCAUAAUCCUGCUCUCGAGUUAGGUCAAGGAAACUGUCUUACCUCAUCGCAGCAAGGUGGUGCUUCUGUUGGAGGACCUAUGCAGAAAACUAUAAUUAAUGUAUCUCAACAGGCGGCAAAUACCUUGUCCCAGAAUAAUACGAGUUUAUUACCGUCAAACAUGAUCCAGCAUCAGCAAUCGAGACAACAGCAGGAUCAUAACAUGACAAGUCAAGAACACCAGCGUCAGUUAAUGCACCAAUCAGAGCAACACAUGCUUAAGAACCAACAAUUACAACGGCAACAAAAGUUACAGCCUACACAUUCAUUGCCACUGCCACAACAUCAUACACAGAUGAGUGAAAUAGGCGAAACAAAGGUCAGAUCGAACAUAUUAGGAACAACAAUUCAGCAGCAUCUUACACCAAGUCAAGAUGCAGCAAUGUACAAUCAUCGACAGAUUAAAGCGGGGUCCAGUCAUGUUUCUUCGCCUCAAUUACUUCAAGCUGGGUCCCCUCAAAUAUCUCAGAAUUCUUCGUCAUUGAUAGACCAUCAGAAUGUGCUAUCAUCAUUGCCAAAAUUAGGAACACCUUUGCAAUCGGUAAAUUCACCUUCAGUUUGCCUUUCUCCUUCUACACCUGUGUCUUCAUCUCCCUUACCGGGGAAACCGGAAAAGCAGACCGCUGCUCUAUCUUCACUUUCAAAUGCUGGCAACAUUGGACAGGCACCAGCACAGGUUUCAUCAUUACAGCAAAUAGCACAGUCUAUUGCUAUUGGCACCCCAGGGAUAUCAGCGUCUCCCUUGCUUGAGGAUUAUAUUAAUGCAGAAGGCAAUCAGGACGCUGGUACUGCACCUAUAAUCAUACCUGAGAAGCCAGUAUUAACACCUACAGAACGACUAUUAAAAGCGGUGAAGUCAAUUUCAUCUAAAGCAUUGAGUGCCUCGGUGGACGACAUUGGUUUGGCAGUCAGUAUGGUCGAUGGAUUUGCAGGAUCACGACCUGGGGAAGGAGCUAGAUACUCUGUUCCUGAAGACUUAGUGGCUAUGGCAGGGAUGCAUGUUAAAGCUAUGAACUUUGAUCUAAUAGAUGACAGUUCGUUAAAAAAGAAACUGAAACGGUGCUAUUCAACUGAAAGCUCUAAAAAUGCUAUGCCAUCGGAUUAUACUGAAAAUGAUAGCUCCAAGAAGGUAAAUGGUUCCGAGACAUCUGAACAACUAAGAUCAACUGCAACAUCUGGAAUCAAGAGAUCAAGACUUGAGAUGGGUCGUGCCCUUCAGGAAGAAAUCGGUGAGAUAAACUAUAGGCUAAUCAAUACAGUAUUGGACAUCAGCAGUGAAGAUAUGAAUCUGACGUCAGCCGUAGGUGAUGAUGUUGAAGGAAGGAUUGUCAAUUGUACAUUCCACCCAAUAGGCAGUUCAGCUGAAAUGUUUCCUGUUCUACCUAUACGGUUCCUAGUCUCUGCAAAUUAUCCCUACUGCUCCCCUACGUUAAUAGAUAAGUUGUCUGGCAAUCAGAGUAACGAGUACGAAAAUCUACUGACAAAAGCAACAACAAAGUUCAAUACAUCCCUCCGCUGCAUGUCCGAACCAAUUUCACUCAAAGAGAUGGCUAAGAGUUGGGAUUCUUGUGCCAAUGCAGUUUUUCUUGAGUAUGCCCGGCAGAAUGGAGGAGGAAGCUUUAGCUCUAGAUACGGUACUUGGGAAAAAUGUGUUGAUGCUGUUUGAUUCACUGGAAUGUUGGAAGUGAUUGGGAAUAAUAGAUACAGAUCGUUAGCAAUGUCGCUGCAUUUGCUGUUGUUUACCCCGACAUAUCAGUUCUUUAGUACAAUCAUUUGUAUAAUCAAUAAUCCUGUGAAAGAAUGUAAAAUGAGUUAUACAGAUUUAUACAAGGAGAAGACAACAAGUGUAAUUCUUAUCUGUAAAUUCCUUGUCAUUGUGGCAAUUUAUUCAGCUGCGCCAAUUUUGAUA